AGUUUCGGCUCUAGCCUGACGCGACCGGUGCAGACAAUUCGGCACACCAUGCCGUGCCCAUUUCGAGCGGGAGACACUGUGUACACCUUCAACACUGCCACGGAGCUCUACGACCAAGAGGCCCAUGUCACCCAGGUCCUGACGUCCGAGCAGACCUAUGGGAGCAUGGUGUUGCCGGCAGGCUCACUGGCGGUGUCCUCCCAGGAGGGGGUGACCAUGUGGAUCAUCGAGGCGCACAUAGGCAUGAUGCUCCGCAGGGAGAAGCAGGAAGGUGUUCCGAAGGCAGCUGACACAGACGACCAGCCGAAGACGGAGGAGCAGGAGGAGGAGUUCAAGGAUGCCAAGGAAACGAAGGACAAGUCGGGCUAUGCAGCGAACCCAACGUUUCAGUCCAUGUUCGGUGCCAUGUCCUCGUUCUUCGGGCUCUCAAAGGACGCCAAAGACAAGGAGGUCCGCCGACCGAGCGAUAGCGCCGCAAGCGCCGCAAGCGCCCCGGCCGCCGCAAGCGCCCCGGCCGGCCGCAAGGCGGCAGCAGCGCUGGAAUCCAAGGAUUCGGCGAUCUACAGCCCCGGGGAUGUGGUAGACGUGUGGAGCUACGACAACUCGGAUUGGGAGCUCGGCGGCCUGGUGACGCAGGUGCUGUGGGAGCCGCUGUUCCUGGGCACCGUGGAGCUGGCGAAGGGCUCCAUCCUGGUCUCCAUGAAGGGCACGCUGAGGUGGUUCACCCCGGAGCUCUGCGCCAUGGCGGUGCGACGCUCCCAGAGCCCACCGCCGGCGGUGGAAGAAGACCUGCACUUCCAGGAGGGGGAGGAGGUCGAGAUCUUGGACGCGGGGGGGCAAUGGCACCGCGCCGUGGUGGAGGCUGUGGCACAGCUCGCCUCCGGCUCCAUCCCCGCGGGGGCCCUGACGGUGACCCACGCGGGGAUCACCUGCAGCAUCGUCCCGGAUAUGUUCGGGAAACUGGUUCGCAAGCUGCAAAGAGAAGACUCCGACAGCGACAGCUCCAGCGAGCAUGAAGAGGUGGAGAGGUGGAAUCCGGACGAGUCCCUGAACCAGGAGGUUGCCAAGGAGCUCUCUGAGGAGGACACCCCGGAGGUCACCGUCACAGCAAAGGACGGCAGCCCGGCGAAAGCGGAGGCGCCCUCCCUGCCUGACCGGUUCGAGGACACCACAGGGAAAGGCGAGUCUGACGAGGCCGGGGACGCCGCCAAGGCAGAUUCGCUGAAGCCGGAGGAAGAUGCCGUGAGCAAGGCCGCAUCGAGCGAUGUGGGCAUGGACAAGCAGGCGUCGACUGCCAACAGCGCGGCGUCCAAGGCGGAUUUCCAGGACUCCGUCAGCAAGACAGCGUCUGAUCCCGACACAGCCAAUGGAAUCACCUUCCCCAAGGCGGACCUUGAUGCGCCGAAGGACGGCGUCAGCAAGACGCCCUCGGACGGCACCACCGCCAGCGGCCAGCAGACCCCGCCCUUUGCCUCCCCCAUGGCCUCACCCCUGGCCACACCCCCGCGCGCGGCCUCGCCGGCGCCCGCCGGGCUGGGCCCGGCGUCGCUGAGCUCGGUCCAGCCGCUGGCGUUGGGGUCCGAUGACCUGCGGCCGCCCAGUCCGCUGCCCACGGUGUGCCUGAGGAUCCCUUCGCCCGGGGACGCGGGAACCGCCUCGCCAACUGCUUCCCCCGCCGCCUCGCCUCGGAGCUGCCGCUCAAACUCGCCCCACCCCACGAGAUCCGCCUUCGGCGGAUCGACCUUGGAGGGCCCGGCCUACGAGCGCAGCCAGCAGCGGGUGCUCGUCAUAGGCCCUGGCUUCGGCCGGGAUCUGAACCCCUUCCAAGGUCAGAUGCUGGAGCAGGCGGGCUUUCAGAUUAGAUGGGUGUUCAACCUGCCCAACCCGGAGACGCCGUGCUUCCCCAUUGGCCAGUUCUUACCGGUUCUGAAGGCGGCCAUCGAUGAGUUCCAGCCCCAGCUGGUGGUCUGCGCCUCCAAGGGGGGCGCCUACCUCACCGGGCUCUGGGCCGCCAACUGGUGGGACGGCCCCGCCCUCAUCAUCAACAGGCAUCCCACCUUGGGAGCGCUGCCCAAGGAUCGUGUGGUGGUCCUGGCGCAUGGCUCCAACGACGAGUACUACCAGUUCAAGCGAGAGGACCUUGAGGCGUUGAUCCGCUCAGGCGGACCCAACAAGUGCUACCUCUACUACACCGCCAACAGCGGACUCCUGGGCCGGGGCUACACCCGGCAGGGGGACAAGCACAACAUGGAGUCGCUGAAGCUCUGGGACACCCUGCCGCGCCUGGUGGACGCGGCGCUGAGUGUGGAGUGCCCGGAGCUGCAGAUGAUGCGCUCCUGGCGCGCCAUGCUCACCAAGGAGCGUCUGGAAGCCGAGGACUGGCUGGGCUACACCCCUGGCCUGCGGCGGCUCUGGGAGAGCGAAGAGCAGAAGGGCAUGGACGAUCAGAUCUUGUUCGAGGUGCAGUCGGGCUGUGAGGAGUAUGACAAAGUGGCCGGCCUCUUCCGUGCCCAGCCAGCGGUUCCGCGCGCGUACGGGGACAUGAACCCGGGCAUGUGGCAGCUCUUGAGCAUCUUGAAGAUCGAGCGGGUGGAGAACGGCAUGCAGGAGGACGGCAGCGCGGAGCCCUACUACAAGGCGCUACAGAGGGGCAUCGAGAAUCAGAAUGUGUCCUUCGUGCCAGGGCUCCACACGCGCUGGGCCUUCCAUGGGUCCAGCGCUGUGGAGUCGAUCGUGUCGAACCCCAUCUCAGGCUUCCAGCCCUUGAUGUCCGGCACCCGUGGCUGCGCCCUGUGGGGCUCCGGCACCUACUUCGCCCGUGACGCCAAGUAUGUCUACGACGGCGGCUUCUGCCCACCCGCAGCUGAUGGAAGCCGACAGGUCUUGCUUUGCUUGCUGAUGAACGGCUUCGUGUGCCUAGGAGAUCCGGAGCACAAGGGGGUGCUACCCUUCCGCCAGGGCCGGCACAGGUUCAACGCCUCGGUGGAUAGCUUGGCCAACCCGGAGAUCUUCGUCACGCAGUCUCCGGGCGCUGCGUACCCGGCGUACGUCAUCACCUUCUCGUAGGCCGGCGAAUGCCGGGCCGCUGAAUUCGAUAGCUUUAGACCCUGGGGCGUCCCCCGCGCGGCUAGACGGGACGAGACCCCGCCACCGUGUCU